GCACCGAACCAAACGCCUCGGCAGUCGGCACACGCGGCGCUCCGCUUGCUGCAGUGUCCAGACAGACUACGGAGACGAAGCGGCGCCGCCAAGCUCCCCAAAAACCUCGCCACAGGAAAACCCGAGCGAAAAGUGGGGGAAAAGCAGAGCUCAAGCUACUCCUGCAGCGAUGGCUCUCGCCGCUCGCGCCGGGCUCGUGCGCGUCCUCCCUCCGCGACCCUCGCCGACCUCGCGGCCCAAGCAGCUCAAGCAAGGCUUAGGCGGCCGCGGCGGGGCCUCGCUUUCCUUGCGGGCGAAGGACUCCGACGACUUCGGGGCCCUGCUCUCAGAGAAGCCCGCGGCGCCGACGUCGGCGAAUCGGGACGGGUGGGAGGGGUUCGGCCGGGGUGUGGCCGGUGCGGCGAAGGAGGAGGAGGAGGAGAAGGAAGAGGAAGUGCGGAGCGAGCCGGUCUCGUGGGACGUUCUCAACCAGAUCGGCGUCGAGUUGGACUCCGACAAAUCAUAUUCCGCUCUCGUAUAUGGCACGUCUGCUGUUGUUGCAAUUUGGAUAUCAUCGAUUGUGGUUUCUGCACUUGAUUCAGUCCCUUUGGUUCCUCAGGUGAUGGAAGUUGUUGGCCUUGGCUUCACAAUUUGGUUCACAUCGAGAUAUUUGAUAUUCAAGGAGAACCGUGAUGAACUUAUCACCAGAGUUAGCUCCAUCAAGAAGCAAAUAUUAGGGUCUCAUGACAACUGAGCAUAACUCUUAUAUUCCGUUAAGCUGUACUUGGGUCUAAUGAAGACAUUGUUCUGAAUAAUUAGUACAACGUUUUUUUGGACCUUUCCUUCUAAUCGAGAAAGUGGUUGUUGCGUCGUGGCAUUUCCAAUUAA